GCGCCGCGGACUACACGCACAACACGUUCUGCUGCUCGUCCUAGCCUCAAGACCAAACUCCUAGGUGGAAAGCGCACUGCACACCGAGCACCUGCUACAACGACAACGACCACGACCACAACCCGGACUACUCGAACUCACGGUACUACGCAUGCCCAGGCAGCCCCUGUUCACCACCACAAGCGCAAGGCUUCCGUAGGCGACAAGGUCUCCGGCGCCUUGUUGAAGUUGAAGGGUUCAUUGACUGGCAAGCCAGGCGUCAAGGCUGCUGGAACGCGCCGUAUGCAUGGCACCGAUGGACGCAACGCUCGCCGAGUCUACUGA